UGGUGGUGGAAGUCCCUUUGUAUUAUCUUUAAAUUUUCUUUGGUUUUGGGUUAAAAACUGAAUUUCAUGGAAUUCGAGGACUCUGUAUAUAUUAUCUAGAUACAUUGGAAGGACGUCAGUGGAUCAAAUCCGAGUGUUUUUGAGAAUAUAACGCCAAAAUGUAGACACAAAUGUGGACAGAUUUGGCUUUCCAGUCGAAGCCAGUGCCAAAAUCCAUUAAUGCCAGUUUUCAACUUUUAGUCCAUAUUCGUGUCUCUAAAUAACUUUUUACGCACUGGAUAUGUUUCCUUUGCGUCAGGAUUGAAAUUCUGACAUGUGCAGUUCAGGGAAUGUUAGUCGUGAACAAUUGAAGGAGGAGGCAAGGCUAGCGAGAGCCCUAGAAGCAUCACAGGGGCCUAUAAAAAAGGAGGCUGAAGCGGAAAAUAUCCGUAUCGAACCACUCUUUGAACGACCAAGAAAGGUAUCACCAGCCCCACAUGACCAAUUUGCCCAACGAGUGAAUGUUUUACUGGGUCCCUAUGAUGUCGUUCAGCCAUCGAUACAGAAGAACCAGGCACGAGAUUUAAUUGGGGUGAAACACCGCAACUCAAUAAAUUCAGUAUCGUCAGUAUCUUCUGUGAAAACAGUGAGUGAAAAACCGAAUGGGGCCCACCCACAGAAGAAACUUGAUGUCAAAAAUGUUGACGGGAAGCUCUCGGGGGUGAAACCAGAUGGGAGGACGCAAAGAGAAUCACAUGGCAAACCAGAACAGAAGCCACAUGGAUUGCCGCACCCAGCACAGAAUCGUGAAAGACAUGAGCAAAAGAGGUCGUCAGAAAGAGAUCAGAGAUCUUCUGAGAAGGACUCCAAACCUUCUGUGGAGGAACUCGCAAAACAUACCAAGCAGUCUGCGGAUUUAACAAGGAAGAAUAAUUCAAAACAUGUUCGGCAGCCAAGUGCCGAUCGUGAGAAAGAUGGCCGAAAUGGACACCGUCGGUCUUCUGACCGUGAUAACCCACGGCAGAAAUCGUCAGAGCGGGAUGGUAGUGUUCCACGCCAAGGGCAUGGUUCUGUUGAGCGCGACACAAAGCGCCAAGAUAGGACUUCAGUCUCGAGCAGCUCUGGGGAGAGGCGGAGCACCUCUGUGGAUAGACAACAAGGCACAAGUCGGAAAGAACACUCAGAACAGCAACUAUCCGCUCAAAAACCGCUCCACCGUGAUGGGAAUAUAUUUGCUCGCUUGAAAAAUGAUACUCUGGACUUAAAAUCCCGCUCAAAGUCAGAUUAUACCAAUGAGAAAGAUAGCUCAAAGACCCCUUUUGGUAAGGAGGUAGACUCAGAAAAGUUGUCUGCGGAAUGCCACCGGACCGAAUCAUCAUCAUCUGUUUCAUCGCAUAGCAGUGUUUGCAAUGACGCCAUUCCUAGUGCUUCCCUGAAUGUCAAGAGAGAACCUGAUAUCAAGAAGGACCAUGUUCAGGCCGAGAAAGCCAAGUCCAUGCAGCCCCCUAAUGGUAUAAUGGUGAACGGAGCAUUCGUGAAGGAUGCUACAUCCAAGUUGAAGGAUGCUCAAAAGAAUCUACCGAAAUUGAAAAUCUCCAAUGAGUCGAACAGGCUACCGGGAGAACAUGGAGUGAGGCUCGAGGAUAUCCUCAAGGAAAUGAAAAACAUCCAUCCACCAUUGACAGGAAUCCAUACUCCACGGAAGGAAGAGGGGCUCAAGUUUCCUUUCUCAAAGGAUGUGGCGCAAGCAACAAAGACCCUUUACACGAACCGGAAACCUGUGACCCUGGCUGACCACCCAGUCAAGGAGAAGAAGAGCACUGGGGACGACCAACUUUUACUAAAUGACUUGGCAGUCAGCAGCGACUCUGACAGCGACCAUGACCAUGAUCAUCAGGUGUUUCCCAAGAAACAAGACAGCGAACACAAAUCUGGGAAAAGACCAACUGCCCGAUCGAGAUCGCACUCAUCAAGCUCUGACAGUUCUGAGAAUGGUUCUGAUUCGAGUUCGGACAGCAACUCGGAGAGCGGUUCAUCAUCGGACGAGGCAGAGGAGGUGCCGGAGACACAGCAGAGAGAGGAAGAAGACAAAGAUGAGGAAGGGAAAGAAAUUGAGAAUGGGGCCUGGGGUCUCAAGCAUUAUCUGGACCAGAUCAAGGAGACCAAUUCCUCCCUAUCACCCUGUGCCAAACAGACAGCUGUCGCAACCCCUGCACCCCCACAACAACCUGUGACUGAACCUGACAACGAUGGCUUGGACUUUGAUAGCUGGAAGGAUAGCUGGAAGCAUAUUGGCAUCCCAGACGAGGUACCACCGUUAAUUCAGCGAAUCGAGGACCGAAAGGAGGAGGCGUGGGAUCGAAGUCGACAUAGUUUGUUUAGUACGGAUGACGAGGAUCCUCAUGGUCACCAUAGCGAUAAGGAAGAUGGCUGCCAUCUUGCUGUUGCGAAUUCAAACGGUCAGAACGUUUCACCGAGUGUUCACACUGAAAUUACGAAGAACGGUGGCAUCAAGCUCACUAUAGGUCGUAUGAAUGAAACCAAUUCAAAAAGACAACGGACUAACUCCGCUUCUGAAAUGAGCAUAUCAAGAUCGCCCAAAAUAAGUCAGAAAUCUGCCAAAUUGCACAAACAAAUUUCCCAGCCUUGUUUAACGCAUAAUUCUACGUCUAACCUAGUCAGGAAGGAGCCAAAGGUGGAAAGUUUGCACAAAGGUGGUCAAAGUAUGAAAAUCUGUAGCACUAUUAAGGAAGAUAAGGAGAGUAUUAGUGUAUCUGUGCCAAAAUCAAGUGGACGGACCAACAAGAAUCUGAAGUACAAGUCAAAAGCUUAUUUGAGUAGUGAUUCUAGUGAUGAUGAGGAUAAUGUUGAUGUUGUGAAAGUGCCGGUCAGCCAUACUAGCCAUAAAUCGCAGAUGCCAAAACCACAGGCGCCACCUUUAGCCCAUUCUAGGAGUGAUAGCAAAGAUAGGUCGAAAAAGUCCAGUAAAAGUAGGAAAGAGAAAACACCCGUUCGGCCAAGUGAUAGACCUGAAGUAAAAAGUGAGCGGACGUUUAAAACGGAACCUGUGCCAGCCCUGGGGGGCGUCCAUGUUGAUGUUAGUGAAAUGUUAAAUGCCAUAUCAGGUGACAAUCUAACGUUGUUAUCGCCAAUACCAAACACGGAAUCUUUCAGUCCGAAGCGUAAAUUCUCGUUUGAAACAUGCUCAAGGGAUGAUAGAAAUGAAUCUUGGACGGAACCGAAACUACGUAAAGAAUCCUGCCAAAGUGAAUCCCAAUAUCAAAAUUCUCAUCUGCCGAAACGGAAGCUGUCGAAUGAAGACCGCUACGACUCAAGUACAAAACGACUUAUGUCCUAUAUCAGUUAUGAUAUUGAGGGUCACCCCUCUAUUAAGGUGCAUUUAAAUCGAUCUUUGAUACAACGCAUACCAAAGAUCAGACUCGCGUCGACUAGUUCCAUGUGGCCGGGUAUGGUCGGCGAUGUUGAUGAUAGUGUGUUCAUGCAGCAGGGGAACCUACGGAACAGUUCUUAUGCCAACUUCCCGGGACGAGGCGUGCAACACCAGCACAGCUACAUGUGUGAGGACGGGGAGCUGUCUGCUAGUGCUAGCCCAGAGGAUGGCCAGAAGUCAGAUUCGAGUUCCGAUAGUGAUCACGGUUUGCAACCCGCUCCUGGUUUUCCUGGCUAUAUCAUGCCUGGGCACAGCGUGGAACUGGUGCGGCACGAAACCACUGAUACUAGCCAUGAUGAUGACGAAGAAAAUGACGGUAAUCUGAUGCACAACGAAACUGCUGCUGAAGAGGAAGACGAUGGUGAAAUCGUUGAUGGCGGAGACCUGGGGGAUAACUUGCAAGAUACUGCCUCGCCACCUGGUGGCAAGAUUCCAUUUCAAGUGCAAAAGGAGAAACUGAGUGUCCAAAAGAAAAUCCUAGCAAAUGUUUUUGGUGAUCUGUCAGUGCCAUCACAGAAGAUUCCGAAGCGUAAAUUGGAAGAAGUUCGCCAGGAUGACGUGAAGCGGCAGAAGCAGUUGCAUUCCAGGAAUCCUCCAAAUGUCACUGACAGAGAGAGUGUGAGCCAUGAAGAUGACCGCGAGUGGGACAGAAAGCAUCACCGGUCACGUGAGCGGCGCAACAGCGGCAGUAGCACAUCCAGCCGUCUCAGCUCACGCAGCGAGAGAGAUACCAAACGCUUUUCAAAAUAUGAUCGAGAUCAUGACAAAUAUCGAGACUUGGAUCGCGACCGUGAUCAUCGAGAUUAUGACAGAGAUUAUGAGGUGUUGGAUCGUAGUAGUAAACCUUUUGAAAGACGGGUACGUGACUGGGAUGCGCCAUCUCAACCACGACACGACAGUCAAACCAGUGGUGCUUACAGUAGUGGUGGUGGUGGUCGCAAUGCCAUGGAUCACUGGGGUGCAAUAACAGGAAAGGUGGACCGGCGAGCGUACUCCAACCUGGCUGAUACUAGAUUAGAGGAAGAAAAACAAGAAGCUGCUGAUCAUUACCUCCACGAGGCAAAGAAACUCAAACAUCAAGCUGAUAAUUUGAGUGACCGGCUGACCAAAUCUCUGACCUACGUAGAGGCAGUGCUGUCGUUCAUCCAGUGUGGGAACGCCAUGGAGCGCGACCCUAUGUCCGAUAACAGUAAAAUCUUCACCAUGUAUAAUGACACGCUGAAGUUGCUGCGCGAUAUCUGUAAAUACCACCCUCACAGUGACAGUGAGGUUGGGGAUAAGGAACGAAAGCUCUCUCUUCUUAGUUUGAGAAUCCAAUCAUUGUUAUGUUUGAAGUUAUUUAAGUUAAAGAAAAACGAAGCAUCAAAACUACGCCAAGCAAUUGAAGAACAUAAAAAGACCAGCCAAAGUAAAACUCCGGCACCACCCUCUCCAUAUCAAGUUCAAUGGAAUAAAAGUCUUGGCACACCAUCACCAAUGUCACCUACACCCUCUCCGGCUAGUGUUGGCUCAGUUGAACCAGGCAAUUGCAGCGGAGAUUCCUUUAUGCCGCGUAUGCAUAACGGUCACAUGAACUACAGCUCUAAUUCUGCCGUUUCAUCACCGGCCAGCGUCAGUAUUCCACUGAGGAUUCAUUCCGUAACUCAGCAGUACAUCACCACACUGAAUCACCUUCACCAAUGCCAUGAUAUAUGGGACCAGGCAGACAUCCAGUCCUGUGACCACAAGGGAUUUUUUACUGAGCUGGACUACCAUUGUAACCAUUUGACCCUCCACAGUUCCAUACUGCAUCUGGUCAAAUAUGUGCGGUUAGGUCUACACAGGCUGAAAGACACAUGACCCUGAACGAAAAACGGACUACGAGGUCGGACCUAAUGUGCCCUUUGAUACCCUGUCUGUCUACUUAUUCAACUGAGCAGUCGUCAUCCCUACUGGUGGAAGUUCUGGAAAGACUGAAAUUGUCGGUCUUUGGCCAAAUUGCCAAGUUUAAGAAAUAAUCUUGGGAAAGUGCAAGUCAUUGUAAAGUUAUGAGAAAGAGACAAUCCUAGAGUUGCUCUAGUUGGAAAGACGUCUGCCACAGCUACCAUUAAGAAGAGAAUUCGAGAGUUUAUCAGAGUGUUACAGCGAUUGUACCAUUUAUUUAUUUGAAACAUUAUUUAUUAUAAAAUGUGAGAAAUGUUAUUCCUGUGAAAAUGGCACCUUGACAGUCAGACGGAAAUAUAUGUACAUAUUUUUGAAGCGUGUCUUCCGAAGACAGAAGUCGGAUGGAGAUGGAUUUGGCUUCCAAGAAAUCGUAACAUGGAACAUGGUUAGAGGGUACAAACUGUGCUGUAUUUUUGGCGUAAAAUGUAACUGGCAGCAGUGCCUUUUUGUCUAAUCCUAAGUAGGUUCACCAUCGCCUUUAUUUUCCUCGCAGUGAACUGGUACACCUGUAAUUACAGACAAUUAAUGACGAAGUGAACACUCUGAUUUCUGUUGUCUUCAAUUACUCGUAUGUGUUCCCGGCAUGCUGCUCUGGAAAAUUUCGGUGAACUGUUGGGAGGACUAGACAGCGAAUGGGAUGCUGACUCUGUCCAUCUAGAAAUUGAGUGAAAUACUCUGGACGAGAAUGUACCGGACACCAGAUGAAUCAAUGCCCUUACAAGCGCAGAAAAUGUAUGUUUAUAGACACCACUUAUGCUUUAUACAAUCUCCUUUGAGAGUUCAGAAUGAGCGGCAGGUGGCUAGAUAGCAAACUUAGAAUCCUGCCUGGCGAUAACUUCAGAAGAUAACCAGCCAUGCCUGUAGUUUAACCAAAUGUUUAGCAUCAAAUGAAGCCUUGUCACCAAUUGGAACCUUCACCUGCAUCAACUAUUUUUGCCUGCAUUAAUCAAUUGCUGAGACACAAAAUGGUGCUUUUUGUAGUAUGGAUGGACCAAAGUCUGAUUUUUGACUUGAAAUGAAAAUCAAAUUGUGCUUAGUUCUAGAGGGAAUAAGUGAUUGUGAUUUGUUUUGGAGAGUUGUAUGAGAAUACGGUUUACUCUUGUUUGAAAUACUCUGCAGUAGACUGUGUUACCAAGCAAUAUUAAAAUGGCGUUCUGCUAAAGUUUAUUGAGGAAAUCUAUGUCCACAAGGUUUUAGUUGGUAAAAUCUGAAUAUUUCAUCCAGAUUGGUUGAGAAAUGAACUGUGCAGAGCAAAAAAAUUGGAUACAAAAACUCAAUUUUUCAUAAACCAUGAAAAGAUAGCUCUUGCUUUAAGGGAUCAGAAACUUUUCAAUUUGUGCCCCAAUCUUGGCCACAGAUUGGUAUUUACCAGCUUAUUGUUAGCAUUCCUGUCUGCUGCAGUUAUUUGCUAUUGUGUCUGCCGUGGUCACUAAAGGCCUGUACAGGUGCUUUGAAGUGCCUGGCUUAUUUGAGAUAAUCUAUGAGAUUGAACACAACCACCUGAUGGUUUUGCAGAUUGUAAGGAAAGAAAUGUACCCAUUUCCAGUUCAGGGCUCAAGAAGUGGAUGCAGGUAUAGCACCAGGGAGCACUUCUUUUGUAUGAGCGCAUCAAAAUAACUCAAAAUGUUAUCUGCUGUUUGACUAUGAUUUAACCAAUCAACAGUUGACCGUUGAAUUUGAAAAGUUCACCGUUGAACUGCUAGAGGCUCUGUACUGGAAAUGGAUGAUACUGGAAUUGGCCAAAUUUGCUGUGGAUUUAUUCCACUUGAAAUUCUUGGCAAAAAAUCUGUGAUGAAAGAGCCACCAUAUCAUAAAUGAGAGACAAUUAAAAUGGCAGUUAAGCAAAAGAAAGAGAUAUUUGAAAUUAUCGAAUAAAUGUUGCUAUCAUGAUAUACUGUGUCAAAUUAAUCGGGGGUCACUUUGAGUUUAGGCAUGUUGGGGAAUCGUGAUUCAUCAGGAGUGUGCCAAAAUUGUAAUGAUUCAAAGUGCCUGAUUUUUAUCAAGUUUUGCCCUUUGCUUUGAUGAGCAUUUAUACCGGUAGUUCAAGUAGCUGUUGGUUUGUUUGGUGUAAGCAUAGGAGAAAGUCGGGAGUGUGGGCAGGCCUUGUGAUGUGAGUUUUGGGAAUGUAGUGAGGCUAAGCCUCAAAAAUCACCUGAAUGAUGUUUCGUUGAAGACUUCAGGGUAUUAGAAAUCGAUAAUCAAAUUGAUGGGUUGUUGUCCAGGAAAAAGCGGCUUACGUAUGUGAAAAGAUUUCUGCGGCCCAUUUUGGUGUGAUUGGUCACAUAUGACUGUUUGGGACUCUGUUGUAAAAACGCUGGAAAGGCCUAGUAGAAUACUUACAGUGGCAUGCAUGAUCAUUUUGAUACCAACUGUGAUGGAAUUGCAUGUGCCGGCAAUGGUGGAGUGAAAUGCAGUGCCUCAUACAGAUGUUACUGAGUGGUUCUAGGGGCAGUUUCCAGAGGUGCAGCAGAUUUCAGUACAGUCAAAAUCAAUUUGAUGAUCGGUGAGGUGAGGUCAUCAGGACUUCACAUAAUGGGCCGACAGUAAUCAGUCAAAAAUGAUAAAUCACGAUGAAGAACUGCCAAUGAUGAGAAAAAGUUUUCGUCUUAACCACUGCUUAAAAUGUGUAAUAUUGGUCUAAUAUUCCAAUGAUGUGACCUAGAUUGAACCGUUGGUCUCCGAUGCCUUAUCAAAAGGUUUCUUCGACUUCCUAAGGUGCCCGGCCACUGACAGCAUUUAUCGGCGUGCAAUGCAACCCAUCUACAUUCCAGAUCGGCUUGUCAAGAAUUAUGAAAAGAAGAGUGUUCUUAUUCGAAAUCAUUUGGACCUGAUUAGAUUGAGGGUAAUGGCCAUUGCGAAGUUUUAUGUUAGUGGUAAUCAAUUGAACUCCACAUAUUGAAAUUUUGAUCUGAAAGUUUUAAAAAACUGAACUGGUGCCAUGAAUAUUUUAUUUGAGUUUUGUCUUUGGGGGGGGGGGGGGGUUAGAAAUCUCACUACCCUCAUUCCAUGUCGGGUCUAAGCCAAAUGUUAGAGGACGCCUCGGAGGAGGUGGAGUAUUGUGCAAAAAGGUUGCCUUUUUGUUCAAAAUUGUAUUUCUCGGAUCUCCUAUGCAAAAUGAUAAAUGGUCCUUGGUAAUAGUUCUGGAUAGGUUGGACGAAGUUAGAAUUAUGAGACAGUUUGUUUAGCUCAGAUAGGAAAUUGGUGCUGGUUAAAAACUUUAAAACUGAUAAUGAUCUUUUGUUUUUCAACAAAAUUUUCCUAAUUGCAUGGUGUUCUAAAAAUUGAUUAACUUGGAAUUGUAAAUCCUUCCUACAUGCAUUUAUAUUAUUAUGAUAAACAUAGAGUGCACAUAUUGUGGUAAAUCUAGGAGAAAAUCGGAUGUCAAACAUCAUGACCUUGAACUUUCCAAUGUGACCUUGGAUUUUUGAACUCGACCUUUGAAAUGUCAAUUUAACUUGGAUUUCCUAUUGUGACUUGAGUUUUCCAAUGUCAUGUUGGCUUUUUCAAUGUGACCUUGUGAUUUUCCGAUUUGACCUUGGAUUUUUCUACAAAGUUUCCAUGGUUUAAGUUCCCAUACAUUUGUACGUCUGACCUGAAAUUAUCCAGAUAUGCCUUGGAUCAUGUGGGUAAAAUGUGGAUGAGUGUCUGCCAGUUCAAAAAGAAUGCUACGGCCGUGUAACAUUGAAGAGAUGCGAUUUUCAAUAUUGUAGACAGAAGAAGACAUUUAAGCAUGAAGUAUUUCAUGAAUAAUGAAGUUAUUUAUUUCUCUAUUCCCUUCCAAGGGGCACUUAGGAUUUGGGGUUCACCUAGUGAGCCUUUAUUGUCAUUUAAAUAAAUGUGUUAUUUUUUGUUUCACACUUUAGUGUUAUAUACUUCACACUACAUACCGUGUUAGUAUAUUGAGGUUAUAUAUCGAUAUAAAACUAGGAAAUUUCUGCUUUAUUUCUGUUUGAAAAUAUUCGUCCAUGUUGUGAAAGAACAACGCCAUUUGUGACAGAUUCUAAUUUUUUCUCCUAUUUUUGUGCACACGUCUGCUAGUACUAUUAUUCUAUUCCAUUUGACUGCCUGUUGGUCCAGGGCGAUACUACUCGACAUCAUCUGCUUGGAUUUGGCUGUAGUCAAUUUCUCUGCCGACUACAGAUGGCAAAUGGAAUUGAAUGGUAAAUCUUUAUUUUAAUGGCAUUUGAACUUCUAUAUGCUGAGGGUAAUAUACUGGUGGUUGCUUGAUAAGGUUUCUGGUUAUGUUAUCUGAGAAGGUCAUUGAGAUUUUGCUGUAGAAUUACUGGAAGUUUUAGUAUUCUGAGGAGAGGCGAAAUGUUGUGUCCGGUUACCAUCAGCAUUAGAAGGUUUUUGGCCUGAUUUUGUUGGCUAGGAGGAAAAUGUUUCACUUUAACUGGAGCCAAAACUGCAAUACUUUAUGUACAUAAAUGUACAGGUGACAAGGUUCUGGUUAAAGUUGAGAAUCUAAGAAUAUAUAUUUUUAAGAGCGAUUAUUGAAGAGGAAAUGAAAGUCACUUGAAACUGUGAACGUGCAUGGUCAACUAACUGUACUUUCUUGUACUAUAUGGUUUUCACGCUGGUUCUGCGAAAUAAAUAUGCUGGUUACGGGCAGCAAUAGACUCACUGGGCUCUGUCUUGAGGGGUGAAAAGGACCGAGGAAGUGUCUUAAACCUCAGUAAAAUGAUUCCAGUGAAUCUGCUGUGGCCCACAACUGGUUGAGUCAAUUUGAUGAAACAGUGUGGUUUUGAGUUUGUAUUAACCCAUUCAGGACUGCUGGUAAAUAUUUUCGUAAAAAUAAAACUAGGAAAAAUUUAAACUUGUGUUCUUUUCCCAUCGGGGAAAGAUGUGUCCUGCGAUAGUACACAUUGUGCAAAGAAAUCAUGGUGCAGAAUAUUCCAGUAAUAUAAUCAAAAUGCCAAAAUAUCCUUAAUGGGUUAAUAACCCCGCAAACAAGCCAUUUUGUCACUACGACGUGCGAUUGUCAUUGCGUGUAAUGAAAAUUUCUUGUUUGCAGUAAUCGUCUUAGAUGCCCGUGACAAAAAUUUGAUAUCAAACCUAGCGGUUACUGGUGUUACUUGCAGACGAGGAGUAUCUUUGUUGCAUAUUACAGCAGUUAUAAUCGCAGGUUGCAGCACCUAAAAUCGCUUGUUUGCAUGGCACUUUCCUGUUCAAAGUUUCAUUUAUCUGUCAUAACUUUUCACCCCAGUUUUAGACUCGAGUCGGCUAUCCAUCCAACUAGCAUUUCAUUUCUUGCAAACACAUUAUGGAGAUAGAUCCAUACGGGGCCUUGUUGGUUGAACUUCUGUUGGUUAAAAAUCGUAUUUCUGGACUGGGAAUGUAUCUAUGUGUCUGGGGCGAAGAGUUAGAGAAUUCACCAAUGCCUUGGAAAUACAAUUGUCUAUGUAUGCAAUGUUUUUCUAUUGUUCUCUGUACAGUCUUUUAAAUAUACAAACUGUGUUAUUUUCUGUCUUUUUCGGACGACUUUAACGACUAAUUUGUGUUGAUGGCUGGAGGAUUUUUUUGUGCAUUUUCGAUUCAUCCAUUUUUAGUAUUGCAUUACCGUAAUCAUUUGUUCAGCAUUAACUGGAUUCGCGGAAUCUCAUUAAUAUAAUAUGCAAAUUAGCAAUUCAAUGACGUCAAGAAUCUUCAAAAAACCAAUUUACUUUCCUUUUUCGAUGUUGCUACGUUUGUUGGUCAAAUUCCAUUGACUGAUAAUGAUAGAACAUGCUGCAUUAGACCUUAAAUUUAUAUUGUGUUAAUAUGAGAAUGCGACUUGAGUAUUAUUCUAGGGAUCUGAUCAGCAAAAAUCGCUAUUCAAAAUUUCUGCAUUGCGCUUGUUCACUCAGAAAUUAAAACUGUAAUAAUGUGACCUGUUUGUACUUGUCAGCAGGUAGUGAUUGUCCUCACUGAAUUGUGAAGUUGGUGCUACGUAGACCAAAUUGUAUUUGCGCGUAAUUUUAAAAUGUUUGCAAAUCUUCAUUUUCUUCAACAAAUUUAAGCACGUAAAAUUUCUGUUUCACUUUUGAUUGCCAACGUUUCAUAACAUAAUUGUGUUCAUAAUUGUUAAAACCAUAUUGCUGUGAAUCGCUGCAGUGAGAGUGUUCAUUACAAAUCUAUUUCAAUGUUUAUGGAGCUUCCUUCAUAGUACAAUUUACAUAUCAAUUAUCAAAAGCAGUUAGUAACUUGGUCAAAUAGUCUAGAUUCAUGAACUCUACUGCCACAAGAUGACGACUAGGAGUAGGAAAAAGAAAGGAUUGAAUUAUACGUCGAAUACAAUAGGUUUUGUAUGUCGUGCAUUGCCCUUAUGCAUUACCGGUACCAAAAGUUAUUUCUUGUAGAGAUCUUCCUUACACAUCAGGAUGUCGAGAGUUUAAUCACAUAGUCUUCUUGUUCAUCUUCAAAUAUCCCAAGAUAAUAUGCGGACUGUGAACGAGGUUCUUGCGGUCGUUUAUCAGUAGGACUGCAAUACCUGUGUGAAUACUGUUGAAUCUGAUCACAAUAUGAAGCAAUAUGUCAAAUUAAUCCUUCCGAGAGCAGGAUAGAAUGGCAAUUUGAUGAAGAUUAUGUAAGCUCGGUCAUCUCUUUUCAUGAAACAACACAUUCUGAGUUGUAUUCAUGUCACGUUGAGUACAAUUUAGCAUCAUGACCAUCGCAUUUACGUAAUCUUCGCACAUUUCAUAAAAUGCCAUUACUCCCAAUUCUUGCUUUCUAUCCAGUUCAAUACAAAGAGGUUUGAUUGUCAGUCAAGUCAAAGAAGUGCAUUUAAUUCCUCAGCCUGUCCAGUUAUGCCUCCAUUCCUGCAAAAUUCUUCCAUUAACCGAAAAGUCACCCAAGAUGGUCGGAACCCCUGUAAAUUGACUGAAAUUUCUGAAUGAAAUUUGCAUUUGGAUCUGGCUUUCUCAGGUGAUGAAACUGAAGCUUAAAGGGACAGUUAACAUAUUUGGCCAAAUAGUAGUGCUUGCGGCCUCAUAUUGUCCGUUUAAGGGCAUUUAUUACUAACAUAAAAUAUAAUAUAUGUUAAUGUCAUUGGUGAUAAUCUGAAAAUGAAUUCAGUGAAAGUCAAUGCAAAUCAUCUUAUCAGUACAGUUAAUGUUUGGCUGCUGCAAAGCUAAAUUGGUAAGAGAGGAUUAGUGACAAGAUCCAUGAAAAUCUCUCAAUCUAAGUUAAUAGUCACUUCAAAAUGAAUCUUAGUCGUAGUGCACUCUUCUUGCUAACCUUUCUAGUUAAGAUGUCGUUAUUAUUUAAAUUUCAUUAGUAUAUAUUACUUACUAGGUUGACUUGGUUGGUAUCUUUUAUUAUUGGUAUACUGUGUCGACAGUUUUAAGUAGGUUUAGAAGUGCCUGUGAAUAGGUCUAUUUACCUGUAAUAGGCCUGUGUGAAAGACGCCUCUCCACUGGCUUAAUCCUGUCAGCACAGUAUAGCAUUUUGUCCGCGGGUUUUUAUCGAAAUUACUCUUGUCAUUCUUUCCAACUUAUAACAUUCUCUGAGAAGUUCUGAGCAUUGAUGUAACAGUUACAAUGGUUACAGAUGAAUAUGGUAAUCUUCAUCAAAAUGCGGGGUUUUGUAAAAUCAAAAGUAAAAUUCCAUGCUAUAUUUUCCAGAUUUGGUUAAUAAUGUGCUCUUUAUCCUUGUUCUUUGUUUACAUCAUGUUCAGAAGUUCAGUCUGUAUACUUUCCAAAACUGGGGAGUGGAUUUCUGGGUGGUGGGAUGCCAUGUCCUGCCUUAGGAUGUCAUUCCUGGACAUGGGUUCCAUUGGUUCUUCUUAAAAUUCAUUCACAUUUACAAAGAAGUUAACUUUUGAUUCGGAAGAAGUUCAUUCUAAUAUAAAAGCUUAUUAGGGUGUUUCACUUUCUCAUCCUCCCCCAUAUUCCAAAGUCUAAGGGUGUGUCGCUUUCUCAUUUGAAAUCCGUUGACUGUAUGUGUACAUACAUUGUUCUAUUUAUGCAACAUUAGUGUGUUUCCAAGGCAAAAUGUGUAUGGUCUCUUGCUAUGUCAUUUUGACAGUUUUCAUCAUGUACUGUUGCAAGGUAUGGUUGUUACCAUUGUCAUGAGAACCACCAAUAAACAUCUCAAGCAGAAAUAUGUGAAUUUUCAUAUCCUA